AAGCGCCAAGAUGGCGGCAGCGGCGACUUGCAGCACAGGCACCAGGAGUACUGGGUCUGUGGUGGUGGCGGCUAGCAGGAACAGCGUCACCAGCUUCCAGCGGAGGGGUCCUAGAGCCAGCGGUACCGACAGUGGCUGCUCUCGACUGGUGUCCAUCGCGGGGACACGACCGUCGGUGCGGAAUGGACAGCUGCUGGUAUCAACCGGGCUCCCAGCCCUGGACCAGCUCCUAGGUGGAGGUUUGGCCGUUGGAACAGUUCUUCUAAUUGAAGAGGAUAAAUAUAAUAUUUAUUCUCCUUUGCUCUUCAAGUAUUUCCUGGCAGAAGGAAUUGUCACUGGACAUACCUUGUUAGUUGCAUCUGCAAAAGAAGACCCUGCUGACAUUUUACAGGAACUUCCUGCACCAUUACUUGAUGAUAAUUGUAAAAAAGAAUGUGAUGAAGACAUAUAUAAUCAUAAAACAGAAUCUAACAUUAAGAUGAAAAUAGCUUGGCGUUACCAGUUAUUACCCAAGAUGGAGGCUAGACCAGUAUCAUCUUCAAGAUUUGGUCACUAUUAUGAUGUAUCAAAAAGGAUACCACAAGAACUAAUUGAGGCUUCAAAAUGGCAUGGAUUUUUUCUUCCAGAAAAAAUAUCAUCAACUCUUAAUUUAGAACCCUGUUCUUUGAGCCAUAGCUACAUAAAGCUGCUGCAGUUUAUCCAGAACAUCAUUUAUGAGGAAGGAUUUGAUGGAUCCAAUCCCCAGAAAAAACAGAAGAAUAUUUUAAGAAUAGGAAUCCAGAAUCUUGGUUCACCUUUGUGGGGAGAUGACAUUUGCUGGACAGAAAACUGUGACAGCAAUCACAGUCUUACAAAGUUCCUCUAUAUGCUCCGUGGUCUUCUGCGAAGCUCUCUUUCAGCCUGUAUCAUCACAGUGCCAACACACCUUAUCCAGAAUAAAGCAAUUAUUGCUCGUGUUACGAACUUGUCAGAUACAGUAGUUGGUCUGGAAUCAUUUAUUGGUUCAGAGAAAGAAACCAACCCAUUAUAUAAGGAUUAUCAUGGUUUGAUUCAUAUACGGCAGAUUCCUCAGCUUAAUAACUUGAUUUAUGAUGUAUCAGAUGUCAAAGACUUAGCUUUUAAAUUAAAAAGGAAGCUAUUCACCAUUGAGGUAUUUUUACGAGCCACCUCAGAUGCCUUCCUGAAGCAAAAAGAGCGACUGCAUUUGCCUCCAGACUUGUCAGACACAGUGAGCCGCUCGAGCAAACAGGAUCUGGCGGAAUCCACCAAGCUGCUGGGCCCAGGCUGUGGCAUGACGGCCCGAGGCAAGAAGCACCUGGACUUCUAGUGAUUCCUCCUUAGUGGUUGAUGCAGAAUUAUAUGACACUCUAAUUAUGAUUGCUAAUAGCUUAUGUAAAUAUUUUUCUUAACGAUUUGACCUCCAAUCCUUGAAAAACAGUUAGGAUUGCAAAAUAAGGCCACCGUUCUUCGUUAUUUUAACCAACUUUCUAUACAGAAAUAGUACAGCAGAAAUACUUUCACUUUAAAUUUUGUUUUAUGCUAUAUCUAGAGAAAAUAGAUAAUUUUUUUUUUUUUUUUUUGCGGUACGUGGGCCUCUCACUGCUGUGGCCUC